AUGACUGGUCAACAGUGGUCAAAGGUCAACGGUCAAUGGCUCCCUCAGGCGGCUAGGCUCGGCUCGUCGUUGACCCACAUAACCGCCAUAGCCGCUGCCUCUGUUCCGCCUCCGCACGCUGGUCUCUCUUUAUCUUCUUUUUUUUCUUCUUCUUCUCCCUCCUCUUGCAAAUUGUUUCGUUUCCCCAAUACCAGAAGCCUCCCUUUCCUCUCUUCAUCACCCAAUCGCCUAGGCCUUACAAGGAACUACAUCACUUCUUCCGCUGCUCUUAACAUAGAUUAUCCCCCAUCUCAUCACAACCCAUCUCAGGAAAACGGGUCCUUGCCUGACCUGCUUACAGAGUAUAUAGUGGAUAUGAAGUGUGAAGGUUGUGUUAGUGCGGCCAAGAAUAAGUUACAAAUAAUUUAUGGUAAAGAAACAGUAAUAAUUUUGUGCAUGAUUUAUCUCUUUAGGCUUUUAAGGGUUGUUCUUUUAAUGUUCUUUCAUUUCGUGUUUAUUUUUGUUCAUAAAUACGAAGGAGUCAAGAGUGUGGAAGUUGACUUGAGCAAACAAGUGGUGAGAGUACUUGGUUCUUCCCUGUGAAAACUAUGAAUGAAGCAUUCGAGCAGAUCGGCCGAAAGGCUAGAUUAAUAGGCCAAGGCGUGCCGGAAGGUUUGUCGAAUCUAACUUGCCUUUAUGUUGGGUAUAUUAACUUUAUAUAUUUGUUGCUUGCCCACAUUUAUGCAUGCUGGUAGCAUACAGA